AUGGCCGAGGAACAAAGAUUGCAGGAGCAGGGGUCCCACACGUUGUGUGCUAAUAACUGUGGAUUCUUCGGCAGCCCGACCACUCUGAACCUGUGUUCCAAAUGCUACAAGGAUUUUUGCUUGAAGGAGCAACAGAUGAAGGAUGCGCAAUUGGCUGUUGAGAAAACCUUAUGUCAGGCCAAAUCUUCCAUCGAGGCUUCGCCGUCGUCGUCGUCUUCGGCGGAGAUCGUGUUUCGCAACGCCAGGGUAGAAUCGAAGGAAGCGGCGGCGGUGGUGGUGGAAGAUGUGGCCGUGGUGGUUAGGAACGAUGCGGAUCAGAUCGCUGCGGUGACGACGGCCGCGGCGGCUUCUCCGGUGGUGCAGACGCCGAACAGGUGCGGGGUGACGUUCUGCGGGACCCACAGGUACCCCGAGCAGCACGGGUGCACGUUUGACUACAAGUCGAUGGGAAGAGACGCCAUCGCGAAAGCCAACCCGGUUAUCAAGGCCGAGAAGCUCGAUAAGAUCUGA